UACUAUCCGUCCAAAUUCUCCACGUGAAAUCAGCAAAGAUGAAAUUGGAGGUUAAUAUAAUAAUAUCACAAUUAUAUAAAAUUAAAGGAGAGUAGGAGGUAAUAUGCACAAUUAAUAUAAGUGGCAGGGUUAAUUUGCAAUUUCCCCACAUAAUCCAAAAUUAGAGUUGGUGGCUAAUUCAAAUUGAACUAUAUUCUGCAAAGCCCACUUCCAUUCUUACUCCAUAUUAGCUCCUUCAUCAUUCAGCAUUGAAUCUGAGUUCACCUAGAACAGGUGAUAGGUGAUCCAUAUCUGUUGGUAACAUCAAUGCUAUUUUUAUUUUUGAGUUUGAUAGGAACUAGGAUUUAUGGCUUGAUGCAAAAACGAGUAGAAGAAAGUGUUAUAGCUUAAGUAGGGGGGCUAUGAGAAGUGAAGUUUGGAAAUGGAUUGUAGGUUUGCUAUACAUUGUGGCGGUGGCGACUAUUUGGAUUACUGGUAGCUAUGUGGUUCAGUAUAUUGUGGAGGACGGAGUUUCCGUCUUCUUCAUCACAUAUGUUUGUAGCUCAUUGUUUAUAAUCUAUAUCCCCCUUGUGGAAGCUUGGAGAUUUCUGGAAGACUACAAUGGGAAAUUAUGUUUUUGGCGUAGAGUAGAUAUUGGCUUGCAAGAAUUAGCCCGCUCGGAGAAGGUUGUCCUUCUUGGGAAUAGCUAUUUGGAUGAGCCAACAAGUGUCUUACAUUUCCAUGUAUGUGGUGACCAAGAAGAAACUGAUCAAAGCUCUCUAGAGACUUGUUCAGAGCCAUCCUGUAGGACUUGUAAGGUGGAAAAGGAACUUUUAGACCGAGUGGAAGUUGAUGAAGAUCCUGAUACGCAGCUGGAUUCAAAGGGACGUUGGACACGCUGCAGGGUAGCCAGAGUCAGCUUAUUGAUAUGUCCAUUUUGGUUUCUGUCACAGCUGACUUUUAACCUUGCUCUGAAGUAUACAACAAUCACUUCAAAUACAAUUUUGUGCACUUCUUCUAGUCUUUUCACCUUUAUGCUUUCUCUGGCAUUCUUGGGUGAGAAAUUCACUUGGUUGAAGCUCAUGGGUGUACUACUUUGCAUGGGAGGAACCAUCAUUGUAAGCUUGGGAGACACGGAAGCAGGAAGAAGUAUAAUCAACUCGGAACGUGUUCUGGGAGACAUUAUGUCUCUUUCCUCAGCUGGUCUAUAUGCUGUAUAUAUAACUCUCAUCCGUAAGAUGUUGCCUGCUGAUGAAAAAAGUGGUCAAGUGAGCAUGGCACAGUUUCUAGGCUUCUUAGGAUUAUUUAACAUGGUGAUUUUCCUUCCAGUUGUGCUUGUAUUGCACUUCACGAAGAUGGAGUCAUUUACCACAUUUACCUGGAAACAGUUUAGCUUGAUAAUAGGCAAAGGUUUGCUUGAUAAUGUCCUGAGUGACUACUUAUGGGCCAAAGCUGUUAUUUUAACGACGACAACAGUGGCAACAGCUGGCCUCACAAUCCAGGUCCCUUUGGCAGCUUUGGUUGAUACAUUGACCGGUAAUGCCCCCAAUACAAUGAAUUACAUUGGAGCUGCAUCUGUGAUGGUCGGGUUUGCUGGGAUCAACAUCCCUUAUGACUUUUGUAGUCAGUCAAAUGGAGUUACCUUGCAGUACGAAACUGAAGGUCAAAAAUAAAAUCUCGUCUGUAUACAUAUACACUGCUCAAAGAUUUUAGGUUUUGCUCAGUAUAAAUGUCGCACUUGAUAGUGUUGUAACACCAUUUUGACAGAUUUGCACAACGCACAUAGCUCAGACAUUGCUUUGUCAUCAUUGAAGGAUCUCAAGGUCUAUUGGGCACACAUAGCUCAGACGUUGCUUUGUCAUCAUUGAAGGAUCUCAAGGUCUAUUGGCAAUCAUUCUGCCCAAACGCUAAUAAUGGUGUAUCCAUUAUAUCCUAGAUGCUACGAAGACUUCAUGUCAAGCAAAAUUCAGGAAAAAUAAUUCAAUCUUUUGUCAAUUUUCAAGAUGA